GGGGCGCUGCAGGCGGGUCGUAAAUCACGCGGCGUCUCAUUCCACGCGGGACCGCCGCUGCCGCCGCAGGCACCGCGCACUUCCCUCUCGACCGCCGGCUAAACGGCGUGUCUUUCGCGACGUGUUUACAUUCAUAUCCACUGUUGGGAAGUUCAUUCUGUCUUGUAAAAAGUGAUUUUGACUCAAGUGUUGUUUGAUUGAUGGAUCUGAGAACGUUUCGACAUAGACAGUUUAUACCAAACUGAAAAGAUUUCGUCCAAAAUGAUCGUCGAGCCCGACCACGUGAGGGAGAGUCCAAGAUGUUUGUCACGGGAGUCGUCGGGCGCGCCACGAUGUCCCUCCAACGACUCCGUGUAUUCGGGUCGGAGCGCGCCGAGUCUGCCUUUGCCAGCUGCGUUAUCAGCGGCAUUGCCGGCCGGCCUGCCCGCGGCCCUCUUACCCCCCCACUCCGCUGCUGUGGCGGCCUAUCUCGGCGCAGCAGCCGCAGCGGCCCAGCAAAGACUCCUUAUGUCCUGCCAAGAAGACUUGACGGACUCGGAACGCGGAGACGCCGUAUUAGACUUUAGCACAAAACGCAGUGAAUCCCCAAUCGACGAUGACGAUGAUGACGCCGUCAACCUUAGCAAGAAUGAAAACGGCCCCUUAGAUUUAUCAGUAGGGACCAGGAAAAGAGGACCAGAAAAUUCUCCGUCACCCGUUCCGUCGAGAAAAAGUUCUCGAACGGCUGACUUUAAACAGCUUUCUUCUCCAUGGUCCACCCCAGUUGCUCCACACCUACCUUACUUCGCAGCUGCUGUUGCCGCUGCGAGCUUGUCACCUAAAGGUGGCGUUCCAUCUGACUGGAAUGGAAAAUUGAAACAUGGAACACCAACACCAAAUGAUGCAACUAAAGCAUUGGAAAAAAUGAGUGAAUUAAGCAGGCUAGGUGGGGAAGAGCUAUUUAGAUCUGUUCAGAGUGCAGCUUUAGGUGCUGGAUUAACACCUAAUGCAGCUGCUCGCCACUCCGCUUGGCAAUCACACUGGUUAAAUAAAGGAGCUGACCAAACUAAGGAUGUUUUGAAAUGUGUUUGGUGCAAGAAAAGCUUUAACUCGCUUGCCGAUUUAACAGUUCAUAUGAAAGAAGCCAAGCACUGUGGCGUGAACGUGCCAGUACCUUCAUCGGGUGGUGCACCGAUGCCUUCUUCACUUUUACCGCCUUCCAGUUCACCUUCAACACCAUCUUAUAACUCCUCCUCAUCGAGCGGAUCAUCCAAACCGAAUCACAAUGAUCUUAAUAUGCUUAUUAAGGAAAAUAUGCCAAUACCUAGAAAACUAGUCCGUGGUCAAGAUGUAUGGUUAGGAAAAGGCGCUGAACAAACUAGACAAAUUCUGAAAUGCAUGUGGUGCGCCGAGAGUUUCCGCUCCUUAGCUGAGAUGACUAGCCAUAUGCAACGUACCCAGCAUUACACUAAUAUUAUAUCACAGGAGCAGAUCAUUUCUUGGAAGUCUUCAGAUGAAGCCAAGGGAUCUAACUCAAGCACACCCGGUACGAAUAAUGCAGUUCCUCCGACAACAGGAACAAGUAGUCACGUUAGUGCUGUUUUAACUUGUAAAGUCUGUGACCAAGCGUUUAGUUCCUUAAAAGAAUUAAGUAAUCAUAUGGUUAAGAACUCCCAUUAUAAAGAGCAUAUUAUGCGUUCAAUAACUGAAAGCGGUGGUAGAAGACGACAAACUCGCGAAAAAAGAAAGAAAUCUUUACCUGUAAGGAAACUUCUUGAACUUGAGAGAGCCCAGCACGAGUUUAAGAAUGGCGAGGGUAACGGUGUUCCUAUGGGAAAACCAAUUAGGGAUUUUGGCUCCGGAAGCCGCAUUACUUGUGAGAAAUGUGGCGAUAAAAUUGAGACUGCUGUAUUUGUAGAACACAUUCGACAAUGCAUAGGCGCGCCCAUGUCGAAUAGCCAAAGGAACUUUCUAAAAAGUGCUCUUCUUUCGAAUAAUAUUAUUCCACCUGAUGUUCCCGGCCACAUUACACCCACUAGUCGCGAUGGACGUAAAAGCAUCAAUGAUGAAAUUCCCUCCCCGGGUUCAACACAUCACCGUUCUCCAUCUUCCGUUAACGAUUCUUCUCCUAGUUCCAAAGAUCAUAAUGUCAGCAAUGACAAAAGUUCGUCACCAUCCGUACUCAAUGCAAUAGAACAAUUAAUAGAAAAAAGUUUUGACACUCGCUCGCGGCAUUCAGUUCCUGGUAUGCCUGGUGGGGCUUCUCAUGCUCCCAUCGGUUCUAGUAUUCUGAAAAGAUUAGGUAUAGACGAGAGCGUAGACUACACUAAACCACUGGUAGAUGCACAGACUAUGAGCAUGUUAAGAAGUUAUCACCACCAGCAAGGAUACGGUCGCCGAGAACGUAGUGGUAGCGAAUCUAGUUCUAUGUCAGAGAGGGGUGGCAGUAGGGUAGAAUCACUUACGCCCGACCGAAAAUUGGACUCUUAUCAUAUGACCCCCCGUACAACCCCGGACACCCGUGGUUCUCAAACUCCCGCGUCCGAAGAUCGAACUGCAGAGGUUAGGAUAAAGAAGGAAAUUACUGAUGAAGAAGAAAGAGAAACGUGCGUAGACUUGAGUAGUCAGCCAGUUAGAGUUAAAACUGAAGUUGAUGAUGACGAGGAACAAGCUAGGCCAAACAGUACGACUGAAGAAGACGUAAAGCCAACCGUCCCUAAACGUGAAAGCGAGGGACCGAGCCCCGUCCCUAGUCCACGUAGCCCGGCAAGCGAUCGCUCCGCGCCCACUCCCGGUGCUGAUAGGAAGCCUGCUUCUAGUUUGGGAGCAUUGUCUUCCAUGUUCGAUAGUCUUGCUGGUGGCGGAUCUUCCAAUGAGCCAAGUUCAUCCCGUCGUGGAGGCAGCCAUCCUCUGGCAGCUUUGCAAAAACUUUGCGAUAAAACAGACACUAAUUCGUCGCGCGCGCCGCCCCCUGCCCCUUCUCCUGCAGGCCCCCCGAGUAUUUUAACUUUUAGUUGGGCUUGCAACGACGCUGUAGUCACAGAUUCGAUAAUGAAGUGUGCUUUAUGCGACACUCCAUUUAUUUCAAAGGGUGCGUACCGACAUCAUCUUUCUAAGAUGCAUUUUGUUAAAGACGGCGCUUUGCCGGAACCCGUGCCAGUCAAGGCUCCCCCGCCUGCCGCCUCUCCAGGCGCUCACAAAAGCGGCGGAUCUAAUGCUGCUUCGCCACAAGAUCCACGCAGCCCAUCUCAAUCCUUCGAUGAAAGCCCCCACUCCAAGUUCCUCAAGUACACGGAACUAGCGAAGCAGCUAUCCAGCAAGUACGUGUAGAGUGCGCGAGGGUCGGCCGGGCCAUCAGUUGUGAUGAUACCAUAUCCUGCUACGUUGAACCUUUUUAGGGUUGUUAGGUCGCGACGCGACGUUAAGUAUUUCGAAACUCUUUGCCAAUUUAAUUAUUUAGGUAAUCGUUAGAGUUCACCGCAUAGUUCGGUUAGUGUAAUUAACGACUAGCGACAUAAGUAUACGCCAAACGUCUUACGUUCGUUUAGAUAAUAAGAGAAUAUUUUCAAAAUAUUGCCUUUAGGAGAAGACGGACGUCGCGCGGCCGUCACGUCGGUCGCGGCUGUCUUCCACACUAUGUUAAUUCCAUUUCGAUAAUUGUAAAUAUUAUAAGUCGCAUUAAGUCUUAAAAGUUCGAUUCGAUCUCUUGUAAAUGUAUAUUUUUUGCUAAUAAUCCAAAACGAGAAAGAUCGUUUGUAAUGUGGUCGCUCGCAGGCGCGUGCGACGACUCGCGCGACGAAUUGGCGCCGUCGCGUCGUGUAGGUCUGUCAGUAUUUAAUGAAAAUUCGUUGCAAUAUUAUCAUCUUUGUGUUACUUAAUUUUUUAUGUAAAUCAGAGUUAGGGUUAGCAUUGUUCUUAGUUUACUUUAUGUAUAUUUUGAAGCUUCUUUUCGUUUCGUGAAGUGUUGAGAUCCGUCGAUGCCCGCAAUCUCGGAGAUCAAAUCUCAAGCAGUCGGUACGUGUACAUACGACGCAGUUGAUCAUAGCAUGCAAUAUUAAAAUCUCCUUAGUGUAAAUUUCGCUCUAGAUACGCUCUCCUCGUGAGAUUGCUAUUUAUUAUUUAGUGUUAAGUAUAACGUAAGCGACUCUACUGUGAAAAAAUGUAUACCAUUGUACCAGCGCAUUCGUGGGUUGUCCAAAUCAACCGUAUUGUAUUUAAAAAAGUGAUAAAUUAUACAUUUUUUUUCUUUAAAAGGACGACUACAUUAGUAUACGUUUAGGACACUCUGUAACGAGGUCUCUUCCAGUAACAACAGAUAUACGAUGAUGUAUAUACGGUAAUUGUGAGUAAAUAGCUCUUUUAUAUAUUAUAAAAAAUAUUGUAAACUGUUUAAUGUAAGUUUCAAACGAUAUCAAUGUAACGGCAUAAUGUGAUUUCCUCUCUCGAAGCAUCGCUGUGGAAUGAUUUCUGAUGCAGUGACGAAUAAAGUAGAAAGAUGUUUUGCUUAUUUUGAUUACUUAGAGUUGUUACUGAACUUCCUAUAAAUCACAGCGAUGCUUCGAGGGUUACCAAUCUUAAGGGCCUGGUUCACAAAGUCCAACGGUAUAAAACAGUGACACCGAUUGGAAGCAACUAAAUUUAUAAUUUCGAUACAAAUGCAUACUUGUAGUAGAUAAUAAUAUACAAAUGCAAAGUUGUAGUUAUAGGCUGGUUACUUGAAAUUUUGAGGAAAUACUUUUAGAAAAGUUUCCCCGAAAGAAGAUUAGAAAAAUAUAUCCCAAAAACGUGAAACUGGGGGUGAAACAAUGCAUAUAGGUCCUCUAAUAUAAAAUCUAUCACAAUAAAACUGUCUAGAUGACUUUACACUCACUAUAACUUGUCCCCUAUAUUAUAUAUAUGGGACAAGACCAUACAUAUAGAAUCAAAAAUUGAGAUUUGAUAUAUGUCCUAAACCACGUGGUGUCAUGAUACAUACGAUUUGAUUUAACUUAACUUUGACUUAAACGUUACAGGUAAUAAUAGCACUUCAUUAAAUAGGCAUGUUCCCAAAUUUACUGCAAGUCAAUUUUAGCUAGCCUACAGCCUGAGCAUAGAUAUAAAUGUUCUUAACAUUUAUAUGCUCAUUAAUUUAUUGAUAUUAUAUAUGACAAAGAUUUCAUUUGUAUCUUUAAAUCUAUUAGUUUCAUGCCAGUUGGUAUAAGCUCUAUUCUGUUCAGAGAUCUUAGUGCAGCCGUGUGUCUAAUAUUAUUUAAGUCACUUUUCACACGGUAAAGUUUACUAAUUAAGGUGAAGGCAAUAAAAAGUUUUUCACGAACGACGAUUCCGAUGGACUUUGUGAACUGGGCUCUAAACACUGAAGAUUUUAACGAAAAUCGUAAACUAUCAUUUUAACGAUAAUAAUUAAAAAAAAAAACAUACGAAAAUAUAAUGUAUACGCUAGCUCUGAUGAGGGAAUUUUGCUCAUACUUUAAAAAUGAAAAAUGGUGUUGAAUAUUGAUUUUACCAAAUUUAAUAAUCUUAUUUAAUAUUUUAUGUUGUAUUUCAAAAUGCA